GGGGCGGGGGGAGUGUGCUGCCUUCACGGACGCGUUCAGCGCUCACGGAGGCGCGGCUCUUGUUUCCACUGUGGUUUGCAUUUGCAUCCAUUCGGGGCAGAGAAGACAAAUAAGAGGCGAGCGUCGUGCGCGUGUCCGUGUAGUCAUGUCGCGACGGCUUCGCUGUGCACAGUCUGAAUAACACACACAGACGAUAAGACUGAAGGGAUAAAGACAUGGGAGGACAGAUAACGCGAAACACCUUGUACGACUCCCUCGGUGGCCCGUUCCCUUCCACGUCACACAGAUGCCACCACAAACCCAAGAGAUGCCUUCCGAUCCAGUGCGGCAGUGUCGGUGGGCCUGUUCCCAUCAGCCCACUCCUCUUCCAUCCUAAUGCCAAGGGUUUCCAAAUUGUCAUGGACCUCGCCCAGAAGACUGUCAAACGGCAGGCCAGUUUCUGCAAUGCUAUCACCUUCAGUAACAGGCCCAUAGCACUGUACGAACAAGUCCGCCUCAAGAUUACAAUAAAGCAGUGCUGCUGGAGUGGUGCUCUGCGUCUGGGAUUCACCUCCAAAGACCCCUCCAGAAUAAACCCAGACAACCUUCCCAAGUAUGCCUGCCCUGAUCUGGUGUCCCAGAGCGGCUUUUGGGCCAAGGCACUGCCUGAGGAGUUUGGCAAUGAAGGCAAUAUUAUUGCCUUUUGGGUCGACAAGAAGGGCCGCGUUUUCUAUCGUAUAAACAAAUCUACUCCCAUGGUGUUCUUUAGCGGCGUUCGCACAGCUGAACCGCUCUGGGCCCUCAUCGAUGUGUACGGUCUAACCCGUGGAGUGCAGCUACUAGACAGCGAGAUUGUUCCAGCAGACUGUCUCCGCCCACGCUCUUUCACGACAGUGCGCUCCUCCUCUCUGCGGCGGGAAGCGGACAACUCCCGCUUAUCCAUCAGCUUGUGUGACCUCAAUCUGCAGCAGGAUGACAGAGGCUCCUCCCACAGUCACACCCACCGCCACACCCUCCACCUUGCAUCAUCUUCCUCCUCCUCCACCUGCCCCAUCCCCCAGAACUCCCUCAACUCACAGCAGUCCUCUUUACUGCCCUCUUCCCUGGAGAGCGACCUCCACUUCCACCAACUGCGCGGUGCUCACAUUAAGACGCUGGACGAGCAGACAGUGGUGCAUUCAGAGCACGCGCGUGAGGAGCGCACGCUGGUCUUCACCAACCGGCCACUACGCACUGGAGAGACUGUGUUCAUCAAAGUCACCAAAUCGAGCCCCGUCCGCUCAGGUUCGUUGUCUUACGGUGUGACGUCCUGUGACCCAGCUGUGCUACGACCCAGCGACUUGCCCUAUAAUCCAGAAGCUUUGGUGGACAGGAAGGAGUUUUGGGCAGUAUGCCGCGUGCCGACAACGCUCCAAAGCAGUGACAUCUUGGGUUUCUUGGUCAAUCAGGAAGGAGAAGUCAUUCUCAGCCAUAACGGCACCAAUGUGGGCAUGCAGUUAUGCGUGGACAACUCCCGCCUGCUCUGGAUGUUCUUUGGUCUACAUGGAGCGAUAACACAGCUGAGGAUUCUGGGUUCAACUAAUCUUGGGGAUCCACGGACCUCAUCAAAUCCCAACUCACCUUCCUCCUCUCCUCAAACUCCCAGCACUUUGGGCAGUGGUACUGCCGAUUUGGUCCUGAAUGGAGGCUUGUGCUCUGCAAGUUACUGCAGUUCAGCAGGGGGAACAGCUCCAAAUUCACCAGUCAGCCUCCCCAAGUCGCCUACGUUCCCAUCAAGCCAUGGGUCUUGGUCUGAUGAGUGCUCUAUCUGCUACGAGAACAUCGUGGACACAGUCAUCUACGCCUGUGGACACAUGUGUCUCUGCUACACCUGUGGCCUCAAACUCAAGAAGAUGUCCAACGCCUGCUGUCCCAUUUGUAGAAGGCAGAUCAAAGACAUCAUUAAAACCUACCGCAGCACGUAAGGGGAAGGCGUCCUCCUUGGAAUCCCAAGUCAGGGAAAGAAAUGUCUACAUUCAGGGAACAUGAACUCUGGUACUUUGAUUUGAUAUUUUCUUUCACGUGACCUUUUCCAGAGUCUGUACCCACUGCUGCAUUGGGAAGAACGCUUUUAUUUUAAACUUGCUGUCACAGUGUCCCUGCAGAGACGACAUUUAAAGUGUGGAAGCCAGUGGGACCUUCACCAGAACUAGUCCUACUCUUCAAAUUUACCCACACUUUGAGGGAGAAGGAAAAUAACUGAAACGUUUCUAAACUCCUCCUUGUUGAGCCAUUUUGUUCACCCAUUUCUGCAGCAGCAGAUGAGUCACUCUGGGGCUAAAUGUCUCAAUAAUAGCUUCCUCAGGCGAUGUUAAUACUUAGUCAAUCCAGUGUAAAUUUUCUGCUAAAGCGACGAUUACAUUAGGAAGUUGCAUCCUUGUGAAUUGUUUGUGCUGGAAGACGGUAACCUAGUGGCUUUUGUGGGUGUUGCAGCCGCUAUUGUGUUGCCAGUGUGAAGCUAAUCAUGAUACAUGCUUAAUGUUACAUCUGCUAAGUGAAAUUGUGUAGUAAAAUCAAUAUCUGGGUAGUUAUCUGAACAUGUGUUAGCAGAAAA